CGUCAAUGGUAAUCAGGAUGAGGUAAAGACAGUGAUGGAGGGAGACGUUCUGACUCUACAUACAGGAGCUCAGCUGAAGAGAAACACUGAGACAAUGUGGUUUUUUAAAAGUGGCCGUCUUACCACCCGCAUAGCACAGAUAAAUAAUGGAAAACUUUUGACCCAUUUUGAAGAGAGACUUACAGGCAGAUUGCAUCUUGAUCAAGAGAGUGGAUCACUGACCAUUCGGAAUAUCAGUACCAGUGAUUCUGGACUUUAUAAAGUAUCAUUCACCAUCAGAUUACUCGUCUCUGAGAAGAAGUUCAAAGUUAAUGUAUAUGCACCUGUCUCUGUACCUGCUAUUGAGAAGAACUCAUUGGUUACUGCACACCAAUCUUCAGGUACUUUGAAGCAGCCAGGAGAAGUGGAGGAAAUAUGCUCUGUGUUUUGCUCUGUGAGAAAUGACCGAGAUGUGUUCAUCUCGUGGUAUAAAGGGAGUGAAAUGGUGACUCAGACCAGCAAUCCUGAUCUCAGCAUCAAACUCAGUUUACCAUUAGAGCUUCAUUAUAAUGAUUCAGAGAUCUACAGCUGCACGGCUGCAAAUCCAGUGAGCAACAAGAGCGUCCGUCUUCACAUGAAAGAGAUCUGCCCACGACAUGAAGAUUGUCUGGAUCAUUGUGGCGUCACUGAAGCUCUGAUUCGACUGGUUUUGUCUGGUCUGGUGGGAAUCGCCACUGUUUUCUUUCUGGUUGAUCAUGUGAGGAUCUCCUCAUCUCAGAGAAGAGCUGCUGCUGCUGUAUGAUGAUGAUACUUUCAUGUAAACUUUGACAUCGAAGGAGGUUUGCAUGGUAAAGAGGUGUAAAAAAUUAAGGUAUCGGCUAAAAUGAUAUGUAGUAUGCUUUGCAUAGGUUACAUAAAAUGCACACAAACUUGAAUGUAUACUAACCUAAAUUAUAUUUGUGUACUAUGUGUGAGUAGCUAUAUAUGGAGAGCAUAUGAAUCCUUAUGCUUUUGAAUCACUCUCGCGGAAUCGCUCUUAUGGUAUGUCAUGCGCCGAUCGGUCUGCGCAGCGCAGAUGAAUCUCGAACAAGUGAGUAAACCUCACUCAUCUGAUCUCAAGAGAUGCAUUAGCGACCGCAGCUUUUAGCUAAAACUUUGUUACCAUAUUUUUCACGGUAAAGUUCUGGCAACCACAGCUGCCGUUUUUCUUACGGGGAUUUUUUUAUUUUUUAUUUUUUAAAGUGUACUCUUUACACCUCUGGGGAAUUUACAGAACUUGCCGGAAUUCUAACUACUAGAAUGGCCAUAUAGCGU